UUUGUCAAAUCGUAAAUAUUUACCUACGUACGUGAUAUUUACGAAAUCCAUAUUUUUUACGAAAACCAAAUCUUAUUUUCGUAUAUUUCCUAUUCAAUUUACAUGUGUUAAUCUGUUAAUCACAUAUACAAGAUAUGACAAUUCACAAUUUAUAUAUAUUUGAUCGCUAUGGGACUCUUCUGUACUAUGGGGAAUGGAACAGGACGAAACAAUCAGGAAUGUCUAGGGAGGAGGAAGGGAAGCUGAUGUAUGGGAUGCUAUACUCAAUAAAAUCUUUUGUCGGAAAAAUAUCACCACUAGAUCCCAAAGAGGGAUUCUUACAUUACAAGACUUCAAAAUACACUCUGCAUUGUUUAGAAACACCAUCUGGACUGAAGUUUAUAAUGAACACAGAUAAUCAAGCUCAAGGAGUAAGAGAGUUAUUAAAAAAGGUGUACGCUGAAGUUUAUGUAAAAUAUGCUGUGAGAAAUCCUUUGUGCGGUAUCGGGGAACCCAUCACUAGUGAAUUGUUUAAAAAUAAACUGGAUGCAUUCAUUAAGCAGACCCCUGUGCAUGCUGUGCGGGCAUCUUGAUAAAAAUAGAAUAAUAAAAAAAGCUCACCUUAAUUUCACUUGACACUAGACUUAGACUGCUCUAGCAGUUUGGUGUAACUUAUUUUUCUCAUUAAUUAAAGUGAAGUAAAAAGUCCUUUUACUUUAAAUAAUUCAUAUUGUAUUGCUAAGAGCCAGUAUAUAGUAAAUCACA